AUGAGGCACCGGAAACCUGAAAAAAGAAAUGUGAAACCUGUAGAGGUAAUAACUUAAAGCAGUAAAACCCCUUGCAAACAAUCAUAGCAUACUAUUCCUUAACAUAAGUCAUUUUUAUUGACUCAAUAUAAUUUAGCAACUCUGAGUAUUAAAAGAUCAAAGUGGAAUUGCUUUCUCUGAUAAUACCAAAGAAUUCCUAAGCUAGUUAGUUAACAUGCCUAUUACAGAUGCGGUUGUUCCAUCUAGUCUAAAAUAUGUGUCUCGUCCCCUCAUCUCAAGAAGGCAAAUCUGAUUCACUAAAAAUUUAGCAGCUUUCGCCCUAUCUCAAACCUGACAUUUAUCUCAAAAUGUGUUGAAAAGGUUGUAGUGACUCAAUGACAAUUUUUUAUUAUGCCAUCAUGUUGAGGAUAACAACCUAUUUGAAAUUGAUCAGUCUGCCAAUAAACAAUAUCGUAGCACAGUUCUAAACAGCACUGAUUAAAGUUCAAGAUGAUACACUCCUAGCCAUUGAUAAUAAUUCCUGCAUGAUACUGCUCCUAUUGGAUCUUUCAGCAGCCUUUGAUAGAGUUGAUCACCAGAUACUUUUGCAUCGUCUUUCUUUUUGGCAUCGUUACAAAAAUGUACAUUAAUGUCAAUGGAGCCGGAUGCAAGGCAGGCUUCAACCACCUUCGAAACGUUAGCUGCAUAAGUAAAUAUAUCAGUUGCCAUACCGUGGAAAUGCUUGUGCAUGCUUUCAUUACUUCCAGAUUGGACUUCUGUUAUUCACUUCUGUAUGGACUACUGAAACAAACUAUCAAGAGACUUCAGCACGUUCAUGUAGCAGCCAGAAUUGCUGCGCUUACACCAAAACAUGAACAUAUCUCACCAGUAUUACAGGAACUUCAUUGGCUUCCUAUAGAAGAGCAUAUAACUUUUAAGAUUUUUUAAUGACCUUUAAAUGUUUAAAUGGCUUAGCCCCUUCAUAUUUGUAUGACCUAGUAAUUACAUACGUGGUAUAUUCCUCGGUCAACUUACUAGAUCUGCUAAUUGCCAUCAUAUGCUUGAUGUCUAAUAUAAUCUGCACAGCUAUGGUUUUCGGUCUUUUUCAGUAACGUCUCCACCGUUGUGGAAUGACAUGCCACUAGAAAUUACCAUAGAUCUUGUGAGACUUUGAACAAUUUUAAGAAAAAACUCAAGACCUAUCUUUUUCUGACAGCACUUUAUAAUAAUAAUAAAUAUAAUACUUUAUUUAUAUAGUGCCAUUUCCAGCUAUGUCCAAUAGCGCUUUACAAUGUUACAAAAUUACAAAAUUAAUAUUGUUCCAAAUCUGUAAUUCAAAAAUUACAUUCAAUUGAAACUACUAAAAUAUAAAAAAGACUAAUUUAACAAAAACUUAAAAUAUAAAGGUAAAAUGUAAAAAGGACUAAUAUAUAUAUAUAUAUAUAUAUAAAGUGACUGAAAUAUAAAAAGAACUAAUUUGAUAGAAUGCUUUCCUAAAAAGAUAAGUCUUCAGUUUUUUCUUAAAAUCGUUUGAACUCUCACAAGAUCUUAUUUCUAGUGGCAUGUCUUUUCACAGCUGUGGUGAUGCUACUGAAAAAGAACGAAAACCACAGUUUCGCCGAUUAUACCUAACAUCAAGCAGGCGAUGGCUGUUAGCAGAUCUUACAUGUAAGUUGCACCUAGGAAUAUACCUUGUAACUAGGUCGGACAAAUAUGAAGGAACUAAGCCAUUUAAACAUUUAAAGGUCAUUAAAAGAAUCUUAAAAGUUAUGCGCUCCUUUUAUAUUUUAGCCUUUUUUAUCUCAAAGCGUUUUUUUUUAAUCAAUUACAUGUAGUUUUGCUAUUUUUAAUUUGUUUUAAUUCAGUGAAAUAUAUGAAGAAUAUUUAUGAUAUUUUCAAUAUUUGCUGUAAAGUGCCUUUGGGAAUUGUUAGAAAUGGUGCUAUAUAAACAAACUGUUAUUAUUAUUAUUUAUAAUUUGAGCCCAGUUAUUGAGAGGUUUUUUCAAAAAAGUUGUUUUAAAAUUAAUCUGCAAUUUUUGCAAGGAAUGUAUGACUCAUUAACAAUUUUGGCACACAGCAAUCAUAAGCAGUUUUCUACAGCUGGUACUUCCUUAAAUAGAGCUUACAAAGAUGUACAAAUUGCAUAAACAUACCAAGUUCAGGCGCAUAGGAGAAGGGGGCAUAAAUAUUGAGGUAACGGAAAACAAAUUACCGAGGAAAAUUCAGAAAACUGCUAAUGAACUUUAUUAAGGCCAUAGCUUAGAUCCUGAGAAGACUGGGUACACGGCCAAAGUUCGAAACUAUGAACAUGAAGUAUAGAGGUGCAGGUGCACAAGUUGGUUACAUGAAAUGUACCAUGGCUGAGAGUGGGCUCACCUCCUUGCUCUAAUGCAUAUCAAUAUGUAUAAGCAUGAUUUACCUGUUGAUCUGGAAGAAAUUGUCAAAUUAUUUUGAUGCUGGAGUUGUCAAGUUUAGUUUAGGAAUGGCCGGCCACAUAGAACGUGUACCUUUAACAAAGUUUUAGAAAAAAUUAUAGCAUUCUUUUCAUUCCAGCCUUACUUAAUUUGCUCUGGGUUUCUUCUUUUUCUCGCUGUCAUAGAGACAUCAUUUCAUUGGAAGGAACAUAGAAAACACACAUUAGAAAAGAUAGUCAGAUAUAAGAGCCAACUUAUCUUUUUGUAUAUCUGUCAUCAAUUUUUCUUUAUUCGCACAAGCAGAAUAAUGCUUUCUUUUGUUCAAGCCUUGAAAUGAAAAUUGAUCUGAAAUAUUUCAGAUACUUGUGUUUUUGCGCUCAAGUUUUCCCUUUUCUUCCUGACAGUGCUCGGUUUGCAUUUGGCUUUCAGUUUCAAAACAAACACCCCUUCUAAAACUUCAGCUAGGCGCCUGAAGUUAAUAAGCUCUUUUAAUUUCUCAAUUCAAUAAAAUUUAUGGGUAAAUUUAUGGGUGAAUUUGUAUUUGGUAUUGGUGCUUAGAGGGUUAAUGUUUUUAUUUUGACUCAACACAAGCUAUUCUCAGGUUUUGUGACCUGGCUAUGCUGCCAUAAUUGUGACUGUGCCAGAUUCCUAUUCAACCAUCUGCCACAAGUUUUUUAAACAUGAGGAAUUGUAGACCCUCUGUAAGAAACCUUUUUAAAACCUGUGUACAGGAUCAGGUUUGUAGCCACUAAAAACUGUUAGAAUUAUGGGAUUGGGCAAAAAUUUUGGCUGAGAUAACUCAUUAAAAAAUAUUUAUUGCUGAACUGUUGAUGUUUCUUUUUUUUAAUAGCAGAAAAAUAGUUCAGGUGAUGAGGAAGUUGAGAGAGAACAGAACAGCAGCAGUUGGCUGGGACUGUUAAAGUAUUCCCUGUUUCUGUUAGUUCCUGGAUUUCUUAAUCAUGCCGCUCUGUUCCGAGAAGGAGAUGUGCUACGACCGCCAGGUCAGAGUUAAAACUUCAAUCCCAUAAAUGUUACACUAAAGUAGUAUUUUUUGAGUAAUACUUCAAUGGGUGCAUGAAGAAAGGCUCUAGUCAGUGGCGGAUUCAGACUGCCAGAAAAGGGGGUGGGGUCUCAAAAAAUAAUUUUUUCGGCCCUUUGGGCCUCAGUUUGGUCACAAAAUAAGGAGACGCCCAGGACCCCCUGGUCCCUCCCCUAGAUCCACCACUGCUAGUUAUUCUUGGUCUAAUUUCACUUGUGGCUUUAUUUCAGUCACCCUUUGAACUGGGAGGGAAAUUCUGAUAAAAAUAGAGUCAUUGUGUCAAGUAAUUAUCUUAGUUUUUUUUCUUUUUAACUAUGACACCAUUGAUAAGUACACUGCAGCAGUCAUAACUAUCAAUCUCAGCUGAAUUAAUGUUUCAAACAUUUAGCUUUGCAUUUUUAUAUGGCUUGCACAUGACUUAUAUCAGUGAUUCAUGUUGGUAUGAGCUCAUGCUUCAGCGGUUUCGAUUUAAAUUUAUUAACAUCAUCAGUGAUUUUGUUACAAAUAGUUAUAUGGUGAGUCCUAGGACUCAUCAACAACAACAACAACAACAAGUUUAUUUCAAAUUAAGUAUAGUUUACAAAGCUUGUGCUCCCAUAAACAAACCAGUGAGUCCCAGUUCAAAAAGACAGGGAGUCCUAAAUUGAACAAUUACAUACUUGGGCCUUUACUGUGUAUGUGACCAGACAGUUAAUCUGGAGACAGAUGCCAAAACUCUUUAUUACAGUUUACUGAAAUUAAAAUAUAGUCCUUCUAUAUAUUUAGAGCACAAAAAGACUAAAAUAAACAUGCAUCUUUAAACAAUUAGCCACAGAAAUCACACAAACAGGAUAUUAUACGAAAAAAUCUUCAAAUCGAGCGAUCGUCCUUUGGAUCCUACGGGACGCAUGCCUUGAAUUACAUGUAUUUUGCGUCUUUGCGGAUUUUUAUGCGUCAGGGAUGCAGGACCCAGAGGUAACAAAAUCACUGCAUCAUAGCAGAAACUAAGAAUGAGUCAUACGCAUACAGCUUAUCAUGGUAGCGUUUUCAAGAUUUUGGAUCUGGCAUGGGACCUGUUUGGGACAAAAUGAGUCUUCUGGAAGAGUGGAAUACUAACGUGCGCAAUCAGUGCUAAGAAAUUUUUUUCAGAGUGCAGCAUAUCAUCAAGUUUGAUGUGCCUGCCCCAGUAAAUACUUCUUUCAAAUUCUGCAUGCCUAUUUUUGAGGUUCAGCCUUGUGGAUUGAUCUAAUCAAUGGCAAUAUAUAUGUGCGUUAUUUUAUAGGUGAACUUUAUGAUAUUGGUUGGAAGCAGAAACUCUUCAUGGGUUGCUCUGGGCGUGGUCCACCCACUGUCAUUUUUGAUGCCCCCACAGGUCAGUCAUCAGAUGCUUGGGCACUGAUUGCACCUGAAAUUGCCAAGAUCGCCAGAGUAUGUAUCUAUGAUAGAGCUGGUUUAGGAUUCAGUGACAGACCUUUAGUCAACUGGUCAGAUCCACAGCAAGCAAAAAGAGGCAAAUUAUCGACCAGUGAGAGAAUGGUGGAGGAUUUCCAUCGGUUAUUUGCGUUAAGCUCUGAUCAGCCCAAACCUUUCAUACUAGUAGGUGCAGAGUUAGGAGCAGUCAACGCAAGAUUUUUCACGAAUAUGUUUGAGAACGACGUGGAAAGUUUGGUGUUGAUAAAUCCUCUGGCUGAGGAGGGAUUGUUUGGUGAAGAGUGGACACAAAUGUGGUAUGAGCGAUAUGCUUCCUCUCAGCAAGUACUGCAAUUUUCUGCGGCAGUAGGGAUCACUAGAAUAGCGCUCAUUUUUGGUUUAAUGAAACCGCCGAUGCAGCACAAACUUCUGUCUUCCAAUGUGACUAUGCGACAGAAACACCUGCUUUGUAAACCUGGUCAUCUUAGUGCGGCGGUUGAUGAAUUUUUUUUCGCAAACGAAAGCUUAGCGCAGCUGAGAAUGUUGCGAAAGCUGAAGCCGUUUCCACAGUCAGCCACUGUCUCAGUCAUCAGUAGUGCAUUAUAUGAUGAGAGGCUGAGUGGAGAGUUAAAUCAGGUAAAUUUAUAAUAUAUGUACAACAUCAAGGAGUGAUACUUUUAAGUCUCUAACGACCUGACUACCAAAAAGUCGGGUCGACUUGUUCUUUGUAAUGUCGUCCCCACCCGAACGGCCACCCGAACGGAUCGUCGCGAUCCGUCACCAUCUGGAGACCCCCUCUCUCAACAUCAGAGAGUAAUAUUCUUCUAAGUGUCUCACGACCUGACUACCAAAAGGUCGGGUCGACUUGUACAUAGAUGGGACCAUACCGCCCAAUCGGAUCGUCUCGAUCCGUCACCGUCUUGCGAUACCCAGAUAACAGGAACACUUAGAAGUAUUAGUCUUGACUUCCGGUGACCGAAUUCACAUCCCUUUAACAUACCAGGACCUGACUUCCGGUAGACAGAACGAGUUCAACAGUGUUCAAUGUUAGAUGACCGGACUCAGUAUGUGUGUAUUGGACAACUCUUGGCGUCUUUGAGCGACGGACGACCACCGGAAGUGAAUUUAUUGAAUUUUUGGGCGGUGGUUUUCACCAGAUUUUCGGGCAAAUUUUCUCUAUGUGGGUAAAGAUACUUAGCAAUAUAAUUGUGAUAGCGUCAAGGAAUGUCAAAAGGGAAAAGGCUUUAUUUCUGUUUUACGUCCGUCGCUUUAAAACGCUUGGGCUUAAGCUUCUCAAUAGGGAGCUUUAAUAAGCAACAGCGUUUUUGAGCGACGGACGUCAACCGGAAGUGGACUUUUUGCAUCACUGGACAGUGAUUGGUUGAAACUCUCGGGUAAACAAAAGAAACUUAGCAAUACAAAUUUGUUAGCGUCAAGGCAUAUAAAAAGGGAAAAGUCCUCACUUCCGGUUGACGUGCGUCGCUCAAAAACAUCUUUGCUUAAGCUCUACUCUCUUCCCGGAAUAAUAGUGCAUUUCGCAUAAUGCUGAGGUAUACAGCUACUUCGAGAAAGGUUGUCGGAAAAAAAAGGUGCCUAGAGCGACGCGACAAUCCCGAAAGGUAAUAUGGAAUAUGAUCAAUACACUGUUCUUGGCACUGUAGCUGUCGAACCUACUUUUGUUGCUUUCCUUUAGCACUUGCAAACAUAUAUCCAUGGACUCUCGUGCCAUUCUUUCAAAUUUCAUGAAGAACAGUGAACUCAAAACUACCCACAGUACCUCUCGGGAUUGUCGCGUGCACUUUUUCCGACAACCUUUCUCGAAAUAGCUGUAUAGAUCUAGCACUAUGCACUGACCCUGGGACCCUGGAGUAUUUUAGAUUUACCAAAUCAGUUGAAUAAACAAAGUUAUUUUUUGUAAAUAAAAAACCUCAGUCUGUAAAAUCUUUGCUUUCAUUUUACAUGAAAGUGCUCACAAAUAUUUCGGAGAUUUUGUCCAGUGCAUUUAAAGGUGCGGUAGAACGGGCAACUGAAAAAUGCUUCUGAUUGGUUGAAAAAGUUGCGCGAGAAUCUUCAGCCUAUCACAGAGCGAAGCAAUGCAGUAUCAAGGGGUUUACGAAAUUGGUUUUCUACAAUCAAUUCAUUUUUCACCGUCUUAAACACUUUGGGUCGGUUAUUUAAACGAAGUCUAACUUAGACCGCGGUUUAGAAAAAAAUCUCUGAACAUCCAGAUCUCUUCCUUAGUGGAUUAUUUUAAGAAGGGAAGGCAAAUGCUUAUCUAGUCUUCUUUAUACGCUUUAAUGAAACUGUUCACGAUAAGUGGUGUUUACAUAAAAGCGUUGGCGAAACUGACAAUGGCUUAGAACGCGUUUUUGAUAAACACUGGCUAAACUCCGUUUAAAUGACUGGCCCUUUGUGUCCUUUUUCCAUUUUUGAUUUCAGGUGUGGUCAAAAUCUCAGGAUCAGAUUUCAAGUGUGUUACAUCCAGGAAGUGAAAGAACUAACCUAUCUGGGACUGCUCAAUCCGCUCUUUUACACCACUAUAACACCAUCGUGAAAGUGGUUAAAAGACAUGUUGAAAUAUGGAACCAGAAACAACUUAAACUUAAACGCUUUUAA